AUCAGACCUAGAGCUGCAGCUGAAAUGCUUUCAUCAUGAAGAUCGUCAGAUGAACACAAACUGGCCAGCAUCAGUGACGGUCAGCGUCAAUGCCACACCACUCAACAUUGAGCGAGGGGACAACAAGUCAACACACAAACCGCUGUACCUCAAGGACGUCUGUCAAGCGGGCCGCAACACAAUACAAAUUACAGUGACAGCCUGUUGUUGUUCUCAUUUGUUUGUUCUGCAACUAGUCCAUCGACCCAGCAUUCGCUCCGUGUUGCAAGGUUUAUUGCGGAAACGUCUGCUGCCCGCAGAACAUUGUAUCACAAAAAUCAAAAGAAAUUUUUCCAGUGUCCCUCCUAACAGUGCGGUUAAUGCAGAAGAUGGAGUAGAACAAACAGCAAUAAAAGUCCCAUUAAAGUGUCCGAUUACGUGCCGGAGGAUAACCUUGCCAGCAAGAGGCCAUGACUGCAAACACAUACAGUGCUUUGAUCUGGAGUCAUAUUUACAAUUAAACUGUGAGAAGGGCUUGUGGAAGUGCCCAGUGUGCAAUAAGUCAGCACUCUUAGAGGGUCUGGAAAUUGACCAGUACAUCUGGGGAAUCCUCACAAACAUGACCAACAUGCAGUUUGAAGAAGUGACCAUCAAUCAGACAGCCAGUUGGAAACCUGUCCCAGUCAAAUCCAUGAUCAAAGAAGAGGACAGUG